CCCCCACGCCCCACUUCUUCUGGCACGUCCGCUCCGCGCACGCGUCUUCACGGCCCGCCGGAAAAGCGCAACGCGCAGAUCCCCUACGCGACGCCCCAAUCGGAGAAGAGAGGAAAAGGAGAGAGCUCUGCGGCGGAGCCAUGUCCGGGGCCGGGGAGUACCAGGAGAUGGCCGCGUCGGUGCCGCCGGCGCUCAAGGCCAUCACGCUCACCCACGUCCGAUACCACCGGGGCGACAGGGUCGGCCUCUUCCUCGCGUGGGUCUCCCUAAUCCCGGUCUUCAUCAGCCUCGGCGGCUUCAUCUCCCACUUCAUGUUCCGCCGCGAGCUGCAGGGCAUCUGCUUCGCCUUGGGGCUCCUCGUCUCGCAGGUCCUCAACGAGCUCAUCAAGCACUCCGUCGCGCAGUCCCGCCCGGCCUCGUGCGAGCUGCUCGAGACCUGCGACUCCCACGGGUGGCCGUCCAGCCACGCGCAGUACACCUUCUUCUUCGCCACGUACCUCUCGCUCUUCGUGCUCCGGCGGUCGCCGGCGAGCCGCGUCAUGGCCGCCUUCUCAUGGCCUCUCGCGUUCCUCACUAUGCUCUCCAGGGUGUAUCUCGGCUACCACACCGUCCCGCAGGUUUUCGCGGGAGCAGUAGUCGGCCUUGUAUUUGGUGCUAUCUGGUACUGGUUCGCCAACACCUUUCUUGCUCAAUACUUCCCAAUGAUUGAGGAGAGCGCAAUUGGGAGGUGGUUUUAUAUCAAGGAUACUUCACAUAUUCAAGAUGUGCUCAAGUUUGAGUAUGAUAAUGCAAGGGCAGCAAGGAAGAAAGUUGCUACUGAUUGAGGAUGUAAGCCACAGCAUAUCUUAACUUUUUGAUCAUCUGGCACAUCUUGCUCCAACAUGAAUAACCAUAUCUCUACAUCACAAGUACUCUGUUCUGCUCUUACAUGAAGUAUAAGCUGUCAUCAUCCAUUAAAAUGUGCUUCAGAUUAGCAGUUUACAAAUAGCAUAUGUAAUUAAGUUAGAUGCAUAUCAUUUUACCUAAUUAUUUUUAUG